AUGGCAACAUGGACCUACCUUGCUUCUAUGGAGCUUCUUUCUUCACAUGACAGAUUUGUUCCUAACUAUAAAUGCAGCAACAAUCAAAACUCAAUUUGUGUUAUUGCUGGACCCAAUUCUCAUAACUCUCAGGUUAUGGCCGACAUUUUGAGCAUUUACAAGAUUCCUCAGCUCACAUACGGCUCUGCUCCAGCGAUAGAUAACAUGAUUCAUACAGAAUUCUUCUACCAAAUGUAUCCAAAUGAACAACUUCAUGUUAUGGGGAUUCUCCAGCUGCUGCUUCAUUUUAAAUGGACCUGGAUUGGGAUAAUUUUUCAAGAAAAUGAGAUUGGUGAACGAUUUCUGAGGGAAGAACUUUUUGUUUUAUCUCAAAAUGGAAUCUGCUUUGAUUACAUUUCAGAGCUUCCAACAGUAGCUUUUUCAGAUGAGAUAGGAGAACAAAUCAAUACUUUCAUUAAAUUAUGCAAAGUCAUUAUGAAAAGUACCUCCAGUGUUGCGAUUGUAUACUCUGAAAACCAGGCCAUGUCAGGUUUCAGAACAAUCUCCUAUGUUUCAGAUUAUUUAGACAGAACAGUUGAAAGAAAAGACAAAGUUUGGAUUUUCCCGGCCCAGAUGGAAUACACUUCAGUUCCUUUUCAAAGAGAUUGGAGUAUGGAUUUUAUCCAUGGUGCUCUUUCUUUUGCAGUAUCAUCAAAAGAAUUAUUAGGAUUCAAUAGAUUUCUCCAGAUGAGAAUCAGUGUUCCAGAAAAUGAAGACAGUUUUUCAAGGGUCUUUUGGGAACAAGCUUUUGAAUGUUCUUUCUCAAAAUCCACUUUAAACCCAGAGGCAGAGAAAAGGUGCACUGGGAGAGAAAAGCUGGAAACUCUUCCAAACUCUGUUUUUGAAUUGAGCAUGACUGGGCAAAGCUACAGUAUCUACAAUGCAGUUUAUGCUGUGGCACAUGCUCUCCAGGCCAAGCUUACAUUCCACUCCAAAAACAGAGCAAUGGCUGGUAGUGAGAAACAGAGGCUUUUCAAUUAUCAAGUGUGGCAGACACAACCUCUUUCUUUGUGCAAUGAUUAUUGCUCCUUGGGGUUCAGCAAGAUCAAAAUAGAAGGGAAGCAAUUUUGCUGUUACAAAUGCCUCCGUUGCCCAGAAGGGGAAAUUGGCAACCAGACAGGUUUAGAUGACUGUUUCCCAUGUCCUGAAGAAAACUACCCUAACAAGAACCAGACUCUGUGCAUUAAAAAACAUACAACAUUCUUAUCUUACAAAGAACCCUUGGGAACCACUUUAGCCAGUAUUGCUUUCUUCUUUUCUUUCAUCUCAGUUGUGGUGCUGGGGAUCUUCAUUAAAAGCCAGGAGACUCCCAUUGUCAAAGCCAACAACAGAAACCUCACCUACAUUCUCCUCAUUGCCCUUCUGUUCUCUUUCCUUUGUAGUUUACUCUUCAUUGGGCAACCUGACCAAGUAAAAUGUCUCAUGCGACAAACUGCUUUUGGGAUCAUCUUCUCUGUAGCUCUGUCUUGCAUAUUGGGGAAAACAACCAUAGUGGUUCUUGCUUUCACGGCCACCAAGCCAGGUUCCAAAACAAGGAAAUGGGUUGGGAAAAGCCUGGCUUAUUCUAUUGUCUUGUCUUGUUCCUUGCUUCAAAUCACAAUUUGUAGCGUGUGGCUAGCAACUUCUCCCCCAUUCCCAGAUUCUGACAUCCACUCCAUGAUUGAAGAAACUGUUUUAGAAUGUAAUGAAGGUUCAACCAUCAUGUUUUAUACUGCCCUUGGUUUUCUGGGGUUCUUGACUGCUAUCAGUUUCAUAGUGGCUUUCCUUGCUAGGAAACUACCUGACAGUUUUAAUGAAGCCAAAUUUAUCACUUUCAGCAUGUUGGUCUUUUGUAGUGUCUGGGUGUCAUUUGUUCCAACCUAUCUGAGCACCAAGGGGAAGUUCAUGGUGGCUGUGGAAAUCUUCUCCAUUUUGGCUUCUGCAGCAGGAUUACUGGGCUGCAUUUUUUUCCCCAAAUGCUAUAUUAUUGUUCUGAGGCCCGAAUUAAAUAAAAAGGAGCAAUUAACCAAGAAACAAAAGUAA